UCGUGAGAGUCGUGCCGUGUCGUGUGUCGUGCUGCAAAUUAUAAAUAAAAAAAAAACACAGUCGGCCACCGCGGUAUUUUCAAAAAAUCGAUCGCCGCACUUGGACCGAAUUCGUGGUUCUUUACCGCUAGUUCAAAAUUUCAACGUAGAGCUUACGACACACCUUUCGGUUUCUCGUUUUUUUUUUUAAAUAUUAGAUAAAUUACAGACGUUUUGAUCUUGAAAUUGAAAAGAUAUCGUUCAAAGUUUUCCUCUCUGAUAACAAAUUUAUCGCGAAAGCGUGAUAAAUCAUCACGGACGUAUUUUAAAGCUUUUCUUCGCGAGAGAGAAGCGCGCAGUCGAGCGGUGGAUCGGUUUGAUCGAUGGGACUGACGAUUUUAAACACGCUCGCGUACGUUUGAGUAAACAUUUAGAGACAAGGUUGACCGUUGGCAGACACAAGGGAACCAUUAUUGCGAUAGUCCACGGGCACGCUGUGUGUGGUCUGUGCGCGUGAUAAAACUUUAUCUGCUGCGACACGAAACUUUUUCGCGGCUACGAAGCGAGGAUCGUCCUUUUCGGGAAGUCUUGGUGGUUUCCUGUCCGGCCAAGGAUACCGGAAGUGCACAUAAGCAACGAAGAAGAAUGAUGCGUUUGGCUGCUCGUGUACGGGUCUAAUCGUGUCUCAUUUAAUAACUCAAUUGUAACAAUGCUACGGUUCGUCUCGCUUCGUCUGAAGAUGCCUUUCACGUUGUAAAGUGACUCUCAUCGAAAGAAGCUAUACACUUACGAUGGGCAAGCUUUUGAGUCUUUUGGCUCGAGAUGAGUCUACCUGUUGCACCCCUCAGAAGUAUGAUGUCUUCUUGGAUUUCGAAAAUGCACAACCGUCGGACAUCGAACGUGAAACAUUCGAGGCGGUGCAAAGAGUGCUGAAAAAUUCAGAGUCCAUUUUAGAGGAGAUACAGUGUUACAAAGGAGCUGGGAAAGAAAUCAGAGAGGCGAUCUCGGCACCCACAGAGGAAUGUCAACGAAAAGCAUACUUAACUGUGGCACCUCUUGUAGCGAAACUCAAACGAUUCUACGAGUUUUCCUUGGAACUCGAAAGGAUCGUACCGAAAAUUCUGGGACAAUUAUGCUCGGGAAAUCUUUCACCGACGCAACAUCUGGAGACGCAACAGGCACUAGUGAAGCAAUUGGCGGAGAUAUUGGAAUUUGUACUGAAGUUCGACGAGUAUAAAAUGAAAACGCCGGCGAUUCAGAAUGACUUCAGCUACUAUCGUAGAACAUUGACGAGGGCAUCGCUGACAUGUCAGGACAACGCCGAAAAGGACCUAGUUGUUGGGAAUGAACUCGCUAACCGAAUGUCCUUGUUUUACGCCCACGCGACACCCAUGCUUCGAGUUCUGAGUCACGCAACCAUUACUUUCUUGAUGGACAACGAAGACAUAGCCAGGGAAAACAUUACAGAAACGCUUGGUACAAUGGCAAAAGUAUGUCUUCGAAUGUUGGAAAACCCGAAUUUGUUGGCGCAAUUCCAACGAGAGGAAACUCAGCUCUUCGUCUUGAGGGUUAUGGUAGGUUUGGUGAUUCUCUAUGAUCAUGUACAUCCCCAAGGUGCCUUUGUAAAGGGUUCAAACGUGGAUGUCAAAGGCUGUGUGAAACUAUUAAAGGACCAGCCGCCUUGUAAAAGUGAGGGCCUUCUGAACGCCCUCCGCUAUACCACAAAACACUUGAACGAGGAGAACACGCCGAAGAACAUAAAGAAUUUGCUCGCCGCAUGA